UAUCUGCUUGUUCAAAGUUCCUUUCUUUCUCUAAAAUGGCAACACUAGAAGAGUCAUCAAACCUUGAACUUAUUUGCCAACACCUCCUGGAAGAUCUCACCUCCACAGAAGCUUUUAUGUCUGGUAUUGAUUUGGGUCUCUCCAAUAUCCAAUCCAUCCAACCUGAAAACCCAAUACAUAUACAAAAACUGGACUUUACCUCUCCCAUAUCCAACCCAGGUUUCUGUAUCCCUGAAAUAUACAAUCAGGGAACAAAACCUGAACUCCCAGACUUAACGUCCCCAGUGUUGGCUUCCGGACCUAGAAGAUCUGAUCUGCCUGUACAGCUUGACGGCCAGGUGCUGAAUUGUGGAGGGAGAAAGCACUACAGAGGGGUUCGGAGAAGGCCAUGGGGUAAGUUUGCUGCAGAGAUACGGGACCCAACCCGGAAGGGGAGCAGGGUCUGGCUGGGUACUUUUGAUCGUGCUGUGGAUGCUGCAAAGGCUUAUGAUUGCGCUGCAUUUAAGUUGAGGGGCCGUAAGGCCAUAUUGAAUUUUCCACAAGAGGCAGGAGAGUAUGCCCCACCGGAAAACACUGGCCGGAAAAGAAGAAGAUUGAAGGCUGCCAGGUUGCUGGAAUCAGACGCCACAUCGCCAGGUAGUUGUGGGCAGGUCUGGCAGGUGAAAGGAGAGGAUGCAAUCCUCGAUGAGAAUCAACUGUCUAUGUAGGUGGUAACACAAUUAUGUUCCAAAUGGCCCAUAAUCAAUACUAGAUGUCCCAACGCCAAAAAAUACCCAUCAAGAUAUUUACUGUUUUUAACAUGAGACUUUUAAAAUUAAAAGUUCCAUGUUCAAAUAUUAGAAUGAUAAUCCCAAGAAAUGUAAAAUACCAUGUUCAAAUAUUAAAAUGAUAGUCCAAAAAAAUGUAAAAUACCAUG